AUGCCUUUGCAACCUGCAGGGCCUCCCUCCUCGGCCACCGAUGCAGUAGGUUCAAAGCCGGUCACGGGCAUUGAUUUCAACAAGUAUGCCGGAAGAGAUAUUACAGUUGCGGAACUUGUCGAUGGAAUAGCUGGAAUGGGGUUCCAGGCUAGUGCCAUGGGCGACGCUGUGCAAAUCAUUAACGAUAUGAGAACCUGGCGCGAUCCGGAAACUGGGGAAAAGACAGCUAUAUUCCUGGGAUAUACAUCCAACCUUAUCUCAUCCGGUCUCCGAGAGACAUUGCGAUACCUCGUCCAACAUAAACACGUCUCUGCCAUUGUCACUACCGCAGGCGGAAUCGAGAAAGACUUUAUUAAAUGCCUCGCUCCUACCUAUCUUGGCUCCUUUGCGACGCCUGGUCUGUCGCUGCGAGCCAAGGGCCUGAACCGCAUCGGCAACCUGAUCGUGCCGAAUAGCAACUAUUGCGCUUUCGAGGACUGCGUGAUGCCAAUUUUAGACACGAUGCUGGAAGAACGGGAGGCAUCCGGUGUUUCGACAAUGGAGACCCCGUUCCAUUGGACGCCGAGUAAGAUCAUCCGCAGGCUAGGGAAGGAAAUCAACAAUGAAAAUUCCGUCUACUACUGGGCGUAUAAAAAUGACAUACCCGUCUUCUGCCCUGCACUAACUGACGGUAGUUUGGGCGACAUGAUGUAUUUCCACACAUUCAAGUCCUCGCCACGACAGCUCCGCGCUGACAUUGUGGAAGACGUGAGAAAAAUCAACACGAUAGCUGUACGAGCUAAACAGGCAGGGAUGAUUAUUCUGGGCGGAGGCCUGGUAAAGCACCACAUUGCCAAUGCGUGUCUGAUGCGCAACAGCGCGGAGAGCGCGGUGUAUAUAAACACGGCGCAAGAGUUUGAUGGGAACGACGCUGGCGCGCGGCCGGAUGAAGCAGUGUCAUGGGGGAAGAUCAAACCGGAUGCGAACAGCGUGAAGGUAUACGCAGAAGCUACAGUGACAUUCCCCAUUAUUAUUGCAGCGACAUUUGCAAGAGGUGACAAGCGAUGGGGAAAUUAGGAGUGUGUGGUUUGAAUUCCCUAUCGAUAUCUCAAAUAAAAUUCUCAGUGAUUAGUUGGGC